AUGCUGCCAGUGCUGAUGCCCGUUUGGGUAGAGCUUGACCCGCUCAAACCUGAAGCAGACAGACUGGCGCUGUUGCUGGUGGUUCUAGAGCUGUCGACUGCAUUGACUGAGGAGGAAGAAGUCGAUGGCGCUGCUGUCGUCUCGGUUGGGGUCGCGGUGAUAAGUGAAGACGCUGAAUUGGAGACGCUCGAACUACCAGCGCUGGAAUCACUGGUUGAAUCCGCCGCCGUCAUCGCUGGUGAUGAAGAGGCUGGUGAUGGAGUGGCUGUCGAGGAAGUAGGAGCGGGUGUGGAGCUUGAAGGCGUGGAAGUGGUCGCCGCAGGCGCAGAAGUGCUAGUGCUGGAGGGCGUGGAUGUCGUUGGCGCUGGAGCGAACGUACUGGGACUCGUGGAUGGAGAUGCAGUCGACGACAUUGUCUUGCUAGACGAAGUGUCUUUUGUGGUGGUGGUGGUUGUUCCGGUCAACGCGCUCGUGGUGGUCUCGACUGUGCCGGUUACCGCCCCCACCACAGACCCGAUGAGGGAUUCCUUCAUUUCUCCAACGUCUAAGCGAGACUGCGUGCCCACGCGAAAGUUUGGCGAAAUGGCUCCUACUGGUCGCAGUAGCAUCAUGGAGAGACGAGGCCAGAGCCCAUUUUCGAGUCGAUGCGCUUGCACGUUGUUCAAGCACCAGACCACACGACCUCAGUUUGCCUCGUCUUCAGUGAUCACGUGA